GAGUAGUACAUUCACCAAACUACUCACUGAAGCAGCGUGCAGCUUUUAACUUUCCAACAUUUCACCCAAAUUUUCCGCACCGAAGCCAAACCCACACCACGGAUUUUGGAUUUAAACGGUUUUCCGUUUCAACUCUAUCUAAGAUUGUGUGCAAUUUGUUUUAAAUUCUAUUUCAUCAAAAGCAAAUCGAAUCGGAUUUUGUGCAGUUUUUGUCAUUUGAUUCUGUGUUCCUUUUCUGAGUGUGGUGAAACAGUUUAAAAGAAAUUAGUUCGUUUGUUAUAUAGUCAAGAAGUGAAAUAAAAAGAAGAAGUUGAAAUGGCAUCUGGUUUAGUAUUCACAGUUUUAUUGUCGAUAGCGACAUUAGGGCAGGCUGGCUACUCAAGCGGUGGAUAUGGCAAUACAUUCAGUAGCCACGGACAUGGUUUCUCCGGUUUUGGUGGCAAAGAACACGUGCACAUUCGCAUUCACAUUCCUGAAAUUGUACACAAUACACACAGUACAAAUGAAGUUCUCGUUGGACAUGGCGGCGGUGGUCAUGGGCACGGGCACGGGCAUGGUUAUAGUGGCUCUUCGUCAUCAAGUUUUCCCGCCGAACUAAUUGGGAACAUUAUUGGCAAUUCUGCGGUUCACAGCGGCGGUCACUAUGCUCCAUCACAUGGCGGUUAUUCACACGGCAGCAGCUUAAGCCCAGGUAAAACGGAAAGAAAAUUUCAAAUUAUCUUUUAA